GCCGGGGGCCGUCGCGCAGUGAUGACGUCGCGGGAGCCCGGCCCGGCGCCGCGGACUCGGGAGAUGGAGGAGAAGGAGCAGCUGCGGCGGCAGAUCCGCCUCCUGCAGGGUCUAAUUGAUGACUACAAAAAUCACCAUGGAAAUGUCCCUGCCCCGGGCACCUCAGCAGCUUCCCGGUGGCAGCCAUCUUCUUAUCACAGUGGCCGUGCCUUUGGUGCCCGCUAUCCUCGUUCAAGUCGCAGAGGCUUCUCCUCCCACAAUGGGCCUUCGUGGCGCAAGAAAUACUCCCUUGUGAAUCGGCCCCCUAGAACAUCCGACACAGCUGGUGACCGUCCUAUGACCGCACCUCUUGGAGCUGGAGGAAGCCAAGGCCCCAACCCCCAGCAGUAUGUCUUUGAGAGACAGGUCCAGCUCAAUCCAGAUCAGAACAUGAUCAUCAAAAUCAAGCCACCAUCGAAGUCCAGCUCCAUGGGUGCUCCAGGGGCCCAGCGCGGCUUUCUGGAAGAGUAUUGUGACCCUUCCUGGAGUGACCAAAGACCCCAAGUAGGUGAAGGUGAGCCCCCUGGUGGGCAGCUGCCAACCUCAAGGCCAGGGAGAGCCAGAGGAAGCUACAGUGCAGAGGAGCCCCUUCUGGUCUGCCAGAAGGAGCCUGGCAAGUCCAGAGUAGUGAAGUCUGUGGGCAGCAGGAGUGGCAGUCCCCCAGAGCCCCGGCGGACAGUCAGCGAGAGUGAAAUUGCUGUCAAAGGACACCUCCCAUCCUCUACCCUAGCCCACAGGGCAGCUCCUGCUGCUGCCAGCGGUUGUGCCAUGCAUCCUUUUGAUGAGCGGAAUGAGAAUUCUGGCCUCCCAGAUGAGCCAGCUCCCUCAGGCUCUGUGGUGGCUCUGACAAGACCAGUUUCAGGGACCAAGCAGGGCCGAGAGGCCUCUCUGCUAGUAUCUUGUAGAAGCAACAAGUUCCGGAAAAACAACUACAAGUGGGUGGCGGCUUCAGCCAAGAGCCCCCGGGCCACUCGGAGGUCUCUCAGUCCCAGGACAACAGUGGAGAGUGUGAACAGAGCUCCCUGUGGUGCAGCUGGAAAAGCAGAGAAGCCGCAAGCCAAAGCUGACCCAGAGGCCAGGUCCCGGAAGCUGGCCGUGUCCUCCAAGCCCGGGGCCCCCCAUAGCAAGUACAAGUGGAAGGCCUCCAGUCCCUCUGCCGCCGCCGCCGCCUCCUGCUGGCAGCCGGAGGUUGGCAGCAAGGACCACACCUCCCGGCUUUCCCCAGUCCCAUCUAGAUCCCCGUCAGAAGACAGAUCAGCAGUGGGAUCCAGCAGCCUGAAACCUGUCUUCGGGGAUCCCUCAGCAUACAAAGUGAAGAGCCGCACCAAGCUCAUCCGGAGGCGGGGCAGUGCCAGCCUCCCUGGGGACAAGAAGAACAGCCCCUCACUUGCCACCACCACCAGGAGCCAUUUCAAUCUGCGACGGAGACAGGUCCUCCGGGGAAAGAACAGCCCAGUUCUGAAGAAGACCCCCAACAAAGGCCUGUUGCAGGUCACCAAGCACCGGCUGUGCCGCUUGCCGCAGAGCCGGAGCCACCUCUCCGCCAAGGAAGCAUCCAGCAUGCACCUGCGGACUCCGCCCACCAGCAAGGUGAUCAAGACACGCUACAGAAUUGUCAAGAAGACCUCAGCUUCUCCUCUCAGCAUCCCGCCCUUCCCCCUGACUCUGCCCUCUUGGCGGGCCCGGCGGACCUCACUGUCCAGGUCCUUGGUGCUCAAUCGCCUGCGCCCAGCCAACAGCGGCGGUGGGAAACUACCCUGUGGCUCCCCUCGGUGGCGGAGCAAAGGCUACCGCUGCAUCGGAGGGGUCCUCUACAAGGUGUCAGCCAACAAGCUCUCCAAGACCUCCAGCCGGCCGGGAGACAGCAGCCGGAGUCUCCUCCGCACAGGCCGAGGAGAGGCUGCCAGCAGCUGCGGUCGUUCCCUGGCCAGCCGCGCCGUGCAGCGCAGCCUGGCCAUCAUCCGGCAGGCGAAGCAGAAGAAGAAGAAGAGAGAGUACUGCAUGUACUACAACCGCUUCGGCAGGUGCAACCGUGGAGAGCUCUGCCCCUACAUCCACGACCCAGAGAAGGUGGCCGUGUGUACCAGGUUUCUCCGCGGCACCUGCAAGAAGACGGACGGGACCUGCCCCUUCUCCCACCAUGUAUCCAAGGAGAAGAUGCCCGUGUGCUCCUACUUCCUGAAGGGGAUCUGCAACAACAGCAACUGCCCCUACAGCCACGUGUACGUGUCCCGCAAGGCCGAGGUCUGUAAGGACUUCCUCAAAGGCUACUGCCCGCUGGGCACCAAGUGCAAGAAGAAGCACACGCUGCUGUGCCCAGACUUCGCCCGCAGCGGCGCGUGCCCCCACGGUGCCCAGUGCCAGUUGCUCCACCGCAACCCGAAGCGCCCCAGCCGCCGCGCAGCCGCGCCCCCGACUCCUGCGCACAGCGAGGGCGUCUCCCGGAGCAGGGCCUCCUCCGGCCAUGGGUCCAGGAAGUCUUCGGCCACCCAGCGCCCCGCCAGACAGACGCCGAGCUCCCCGGCCUCCAGGGCACUGACUCCAGCCUCUAGGGCCGCGGCCUCGGCCUCGGCCUCCCUGCUGUCAUCCAAGGCCACGGCCGCCUCCUCCCCCUCCUCCCCCUCCUCCAGCUCCCCCUCCCUGUCCUUGGACCAGGAGGAGCCAGGGCUCCCGGAGGAGGAGGCCUCUGCCGUGGGCGGCCUCUGCAGGCUGCCCUCCUUUAUCUCCCUGCAGUCCUCCCCCAGCCCAGGGGGCCCCUCCAGGGCUCCGACCCCCAGGACCCCCGUCACCAAGGACUCAGGGAGACCGCUGCACAUCAAGCCGCGACUGUGAGCCUCAGGACCAGCGUGCACCUACCUCAGACCUUCACGCCUGGAGAGGAUGGGGGCCCGGCCCCCGAGGGGGUCAGUCCGCCACCGGCUGGGCCCCCCCAGGGCGCGGCACUGCCCACUGGCCCUCCCCCUUCCCGGCCCGUGGGUGCCUCGGGCUCUUCUUCCUCCCACAGCCGGGCUCCCAGCGCCCCCCCUCUCUGGGCCUCACACCCAGGACUUGCCCCCUCCCCUGCCCCUUGGGGUGCCAGGCAGGCCUCACCCCAGCCUGUUCUCUGCCGUGACCGUGGCAGCAGCCGUGAGACAGGUGUCCCAGCCUUCCCGCCCUUCCCACCCCUGCCAGGGGAAGAGGCCACCCGCCAGGCCUCGGCGGCGGGCACUCCGUGUUCAGCAAUAAAGGUUAUCCUGUGU